GGGGCCGGAGGGGCCGGGCCGCAGCCGCCGAGCGCGGCGCGGAGGGGAGCGGAGGGGCGAUGCAUCACUGCAAGAGGUACCGGUCCCCGGAGCCCGAGAGCUGCCUGGGCCAGCGCUGGAAGAGGAGGAGGUCCCGCAGCAGGGACUGCGAGGGGAGGCUGCGGUACCCACCCCGCAGGGAUCCCGCCAGGAGAUCGAGAAGCCACGACAGGAUGCCUUAUCACAGGAGAUACAGGCGGGACAGCGACGCCUACAGAUUUGAAGACCGGAGCCCGUCUUUCGGAGAGGACUAUUACUCGACCCGCUCGCGAAACUGGCGGCGAUCCAGAGGCAGAGAGCAGCACCGGCCAAAGAAGCAUCAGCACCGCUGCCGGAAACGCAGGACCAGGUCUUGUAGCAGUGCCUCCUCGAGAAGCCAACAGAGCAGUAAGCGCAGCAGGAGCGUGGAAGAUGACAAGGAAGGCCACCUGGUGUGCAGGAUCGGCGAUUGGCUUCAAGAGCGAUAUGAAAUUGUCGGCAGCCUUGGCGAAGGCACUUUUGGCAAAGUGGUGGAGUGCGUGGACCAUGCCAGAGGCAAGUCUCAGGUGGCACUGAAAAUCAUAAAAAACGUUGGAAAGUACCGAGAAGCAGCCAGGCUGGAAAUUAACGUCCUGAAAAAAAUCAAAGAGAAGGACAAGGAGAACAAAUUCUUGUGUGUCCUGAUGUCAGACUGGUUCAACUUCCAUGGCCACAUGUGCAUUGCCUUUGAGCUUCUGGGCAAGAACACUUUUGAGUUCCUGAAGGAGAAUAACUUCCAGCCCUACCCUCUCCCUCAGAUCCGCCACAUGGCCUACCAGCUCUGCCACGCCUUGAGAUUUUUACAUGACAACCAGCUGACUCACACUGACCUCAAGCCGGAAAACAUCUUGUUUGUCAACUCGGAUUUUGACACUCUCUACAACGAGAAAAAGAGCUGCGAGGAGAAAUCCAUUCGGAACACGAGCAUCCGCGUGGCAGACUUCGGAAGCGCCACCUUCGAUCACGAGCACCACACCACCAUCGUGGCCACCCGGCACUACCGUCCACCAGAAGUGAUCCUGGAGCUGGGCUGGGCGCAGCCGUGCGACGUCUGGAGUACUGGCUGCAUUCUGUUUGAGUAUUACCGCGGCUUCACGCUCUUCCAGACCCACGAGAAUCGUGAGCAUCUUGUCAUGAUGGAAAAAAUCCUGGGGCCCAUUCCAUCUCACAUGAUCCACAAAACUCGGAAGCAGAAAUAUUUCCACAAUGGGAACCUGGUCUGGGAUGAGAACACGUCUGACGGGAGAUAUGUCCAAGAGAACUGCAAGCCGCUGCGGGAUCACGUUCUCGGAAGCCCUCCUGCAUCCCUUCUUCGCUGGCCUCUCGGCGGAGGAGAGGAUGCUGUGCGGCCGAGGCGCCAGCCGGGACCUCAGCAGAUGACGGCGGGGGAGGGCGAUGCCUCCCGGAUUUGUACAUACGGGAUCGGUCUGGCCUCUGCAGCCCAGCCCCGCUCCUCGGGGGUCAGAGGGGCUGGGGCACUGCGACCAGGACCCUGGGGGAGCCGACGGGAAGAAAAGCUACAUUGGAAAGCACAGAUUUGUCUAUUUAUAUGUUGUAAAGUUAAAAUAAAGUGUUUCUUAUUGUUUGAUACUUCCCUUGUAGGCAGGUGUAGGGUUCUCUUGCUCCCAGCUUUGCCUUUUCUGCAAAAGAAGAGGGAGAUGUUGAAAAACUGACUGGAAACUAAGCAGCAGGAAUCUGCUUUGCUGGAGGGGAAAAAGUGAGGUAAAAACUCUGCCUGGGCUCUAUCCUUGCACCUUUGAAGGGCAGGCAGGCUUGUUCC